CGACGACGACGGCGGGCCGUGCCUCGAGCGCAUGCGCGGUCAACAGUCGGAGAAGCGGUUCUUUCGGGACAGUGCGAAGCGAGGCACUUUCAGUCGCGCCGAAGGUGGCCGCUAAGUUGGUGCGCGCUCCGGGCAACCAGCGCUUGGAUUUUCGCCAGGACGAUUGAAACAUCAUGAUUUUGUUUCUUCAAAAGUUGCUCGGAAUAUUUCGGAUACUCCACCUGGAAGUUUGUUGACGCCAGCUUGUUCUUGUUGCUGUUGUCGUUUUUUCGUACUAUAGUGAAGAAGGUUAAAGUGGUAAAGUGAAGACGGUUAAAGUGGUAAAGUGAAGACGGUUAAAGUGUUAAAGUGAAGACUGUUAAAGUGUUAAAGUGACAAAAAGAAAAAAGGCAAGGAGGAGGGGUGAAAAAAAAAGUUACCAGAAGAAAAGUGUUAUCUGGAUGCGCCUGUCGGACCGUGAGAAAAUCCUGUGAAGAUCUCGAUGCGAAGCGACGUCCAUCCUCUAGGCCUGCCUCAUGCGCUCAAAACUCAACAAUGAACGACAACCCGCCAAGGCCUGCUUCAGAUGCGCACUACCACGACCAGCCCACAUCACCAAAGCUACUACACCAAUAUGCGCUUCGUAAUCUCAUACCGAUAAUACCGCACCGCAACAACUUCACUAUGGUGGUCCCCGACCUGUUCGGCAACUUUCCUACACCUAGUCUGGAAGUGACGUCAGAGGACGCCAUUACUACCAACGUCACUCUCAGUCUCGUGACGUCAUGGGUGACUUCAGUCGCGAACGAAUCGAACGUGACCUACGAUAACUUAACGGACACGACGGCCAUUGCGACGCCGGAGGACUUUGUGUUGAGGGUCACCCUCUACGCGAUUAUAUUCUUCUUCGCCGUCGUGGGAAAUGCACUGGUGAUGGUGACUUUGGUGCAGAACAAGCGCAUGCGCACUGUGACCAACGUGUUUCUGAUCAACCUGGCAGUGAGUGACUUGUUGCUUGGCGUGUUUUGUAUGCCUUUUACGCUCAUCGGGAGCUUACUUAGGAACUUUGUAUUCGGAGAGAUUAUGUGCAAGUGCAUUCCAUACCUCCAAGCGGUGUCCGUGUCGGUGUCUGUGUGGACGUUGGUGUCGAUCUCCCUGGAACGUUUCUUCGCCAUCGUGCGCCCUCUGCAAUCUCGCAGGUGGCAGACCAUCUCACACGCGUACAGAGUGAUCGGUGCCGUGUGGGCUUUCUCCCUACUUCAUAUGGCUCCCAUAGCAAUGCUCAGUAAACUCAUCCCGAUCAAGGCCGCAGGCCAUCACAAGUGCAGGGAAGUGUGGCCAAGCGACCGAUCGGAAAAGGGCUUCAACCUGUACCUGGACACAAUACUUCUGGUCAUCCCUCUCAUCAUCAUGGUCGUCGUGUAUGCGCUGAUUACUCGUACGUUAUGUAUGGGAAUCAGAUUCGAGAAUCGAUCAGCCACGUUCGGCGUCCCAAUGAAGGUGAUCUACACCGAGAAGCGGGGCAGCCAAUCCAACGGCGUGCAAUGCGUCCUCGCCCGCACGACUACGCCCCCUUCUAACGGUCGACCAGCUCCCAUGAUCAUCCGAGGCAGCAACCCGGAAAAGAACCAAGCGGCCAUCGUCCGCGUCAUCCGGAUGCUCUUCGUCGUCGUCAUCGAGUUCUUCGUCUGUUGGACUCCGUUGUACGUGGUGAACACGUGGUCUCUGUACGACCCGGACAACCUGUACGAGUUCCUCGGUUCCACGGGGGUCUCAGUGAUCCACCUACUAGCGUACGCCUCGUCCUGUUCCAACCCUAUCACGUACUGUUUCAUGCACCACAAGUUUCGCCAGGGCUUUCUCACGGCGGUCGGAUGUCGACGUCACUGGUGUGGCCGACUUACGUCGCGCUGGUCGUCGGAUCGAAGGAAUUAUGCUUCCACCGCGACGCUAAGUUACCGUGGGUCCGUUCGAAAAAGUGGACGCGAUUUCAAUUCUAUUUAAUACGGAGUCAGCAUGGACCAAAGCCUACCGGGGGUAUCGCCCGUUGUUCUCCAGAUACCUUGACUCAGUGUCAGUGAAACAAAUGCUCACCACAAAACAAACAAAAAUAAAAGUCAGACAUUUU